CAGCAGUUGCCAUGGCGCAGCCGAGCGCCGCUGAGCAAACUGUUUCUUCAAGUUAAAAGUCCAAGCAACAUCUUUUCUUAGGCCCAGACAACAACGUCAGCAGAGUCGCUUUUAUCUUUCCUGUUUUCACGUCUUCCAUGUUGCCUUAGUUAGCGGCGCCAUUAGUGUGACGACACAGUGAAAAUGAAUCGCUCUCUGGAAAUCGCCGUGUGCAAUGUUUUGAUCUCAAAUCGAUUUGGAGGCUGAUAUGAACCCUGCAACAAAAAUGAACGUCCUCAGUGGGAAACUAAGACGAACUGCCCCCAUGCACGGCAGCAGUCGAAACGAGCUGGUCUCGGACAACACCCCGCGGGCGAACGGUUGGACGUGGCCCCCUCAGAUCUUCCAAGUCAUUGCAUGGCUAUUGUACAACUACCUCGCCGUGGUGGCCUUUGGAAUGUUCAUCCCUCUUCUACCUCUACCUUGGAACCAUGUGCUCUACACCUUUACAGGUUUGGCCUUCCUUGUGCACUUGCUCAGCCACAUUGCCGCCAUCAGCAUAGAUCCAGCAGAUGCCAGCGUGAGGGCCAAAAAAACCUACACCGGCCCGAUGCCGCUUUUUGACCGGACGGUGCAGCUUCAUGUCAUCCAGGACUUUCACUGUUACCUGUGUGAAGUUAAAGUCGGGCCCAAAGUGAAACACUGUAGCAUUUGCAACAAGUGCGUGUCGGAUUUUGAUCACCACUGCAAAUGGUUGAACAACUGUGUGGGUGGCAGAAACUACGGGUACUUCUUUGCAGCCGUGAUUUCUGCAGCGGUCGGCACGGGCCUGCUGGUCGCUGUCGUCUUGUUUAUAUUCAUCCAACACUAUCUUGAUCCAAACGCCCUACGAACCAGCCCUCAAUUCCACGGUGUGAUGGCAAAUGACACCUGGCUGGUGUUUUUACCGUCAGCCCCCAUAAAGACUAGUUCAGCCGGUCUCCUCAUCGUGGCCUUUGUUACAGCCAUGCUGAGUCUGGCUUGCCUAGUGCUUCUCUGGCAUCUUCUCUGUUUCCAUCUCUACCUCAUGUGUAAAGGACUAAGCACGUACGAGUACGUAAAGCUCCAGCGUCAAAAAGAAGCCAAAAGCGGAGACACCGAUGUGGGAAAUUCACACAACCUACAAAUAAUAAACAAAGUUUCACAGAACUCGCUGAGCUCGAUGGAUUGCGAGCCAACCCAUAUUCCCCGAGCAAGUCCCUUCAAUCCCGAUGAUAAAGGACCAAUUUCCAACAGACUGCCAGAACCCAUCUGCACCGUGAUGGAAUACACCAAGAAACCAUCAGAAAAGGAAAACACCUUCCAUCAUGACACACAGAAUUCUGCAGAGAAAGAGCGAGAAAGCGGUACGAGCACCUCAAGAAGCUGGAAGCCUGAUGCCGGCGAUGAAUUGCAGAGUGAAAGCGUCAAAUCAGCGGAAAGCGUUCCAGAGGUCCAGGAUCACCUCGGAAGCUUGGUGAUGACUCCCGAUGACACGUAACAGUCAGUCGUGCACUGGGAUUAUAUGUCGCGCUCAGGGACACCUCGUUAAAAUGAGUUACCAUGGAGCCAUUGGUGGAAAUGAGGACGUCCUCAAUAUGACACCACCGCUUUCAAAAUAGACUCUCCUCUUUUUUUUGUAUACUUAACCCCACUUUGUCUUUUGUUAUGUUGAAUUACAAGUUUUUCAUGUUAUUCGGUGGUCCAUCUUCAAUGUCGGCGUCUGUGCCAUAUUAAUCUCAGUCGAGUAGAUGUUUUUGGCAUCUGGAGCGCUUUUAUUUAUUUUCCAAAUCAAUCCUGUUCCAAGUACAGGGCAGCCACGCUUAAAUCAUGUAAUUUUAUCUGCGGGCCAAAGCAACAACCUUGUAUGGUAAAAUAGAUUCUUGUGUAGAGAAUAAGGCACGUUCUAGUGGGAGAAGAGUAUUUAAUUGUAUUAGUCAUUUCAUUUCAGUAAAGAAUUAAGAACAAUUAUUUUCUUAUCCUUCUUAUUUGCUCGUGCUUGAGCCUAUGUGACCAGAAUCCUAUAUUUAGGGAAUUUCUAGAACUUGCUGCAUCCUAUUAAAUAUUUUAAAACAUU